AUGGUUUCAAGUCCUAAUAAUGCAUUUGGUAGUAAUUCUACACUUAUUGGUGAUCAAAUAAAACUAGAGGCAGUGCAAAAAUUAUUUAAUAUUACUAAUUGUGAUAGAACUUAUAAAGAUAAGGGGACUACUACUGUAAUGGAAUGGGAUCAAGAAUAUCAAAAAGGAAAACGUAAAGAAACAAAUAAAUUCCUCAGAAGUAAUGCAAAGUGUGAAAGUUUAUAUUUAUGGUUUAUUAGUAGGAAAAUAGAUUUUUAUAAUAUUAUUAAAAGUAUUCCUUUAGAUUAUUCGCAAUUCUGGGAUUAUUUAAAAGACGAAAAUUUAUAUGAGGAAACAGAUAAUAACGUAAACAAUGAUAUUAAAAAUUGUAUUAUUUCUCAUUUUAAUACUACAGAAUACAAAUAUAUAGGAAACAUGAUGUAUGUAUUUGGAUCUGAAAGGGAAAUUCAUAAUAUAAAAUAUAAGAGAGGCUUAAUUAAUGUUACAGAAUAUGAUAAUUGGUUGAAUGAGAAAGAAAUGAAUUUUACUAAUCUGCUAACUUGGAAGGCAAUAGAUGUAAAACCCUUAAUUGAUUAUUGGAAGAUUUUAAAAAAGGAAACGCAAGAAUAUAGAAAUAAAAUUGUUAUUAAUCAUAAUUGUUCACUAAUAAAUAAUUUAAAUAAAGCUAUAAUUACAACUCAAAACCCUUCAUUUGUCUCAACAAAUGUAUCUGAUGUUUUGGAUAUUGGAACCAUAUCUAUUGAAAAUGAUACUACUCAAUAUACUACAUAUACACAUAUUACAUCUUCAUUUUUAACUAAUCUAACUACUUCAUUUCCACCUACUCAAUCUACAUUUGUUGCAAAAGAUAAAGGAAUCAUAUUUUCAUCUACUAUAUUUACUUCAUCCUUACCUUCUAAAUCAUCAUACUCAUCAACAAAAUAUAAUGUUUCAACUUCAUUUUCUGCAGGUAAUUUUUCUACUCCAACUAUUACAAAUACCACAUUAAAUUCAAAGGCUUCUACCAAUUCAGCUGAUUCUUCUACUACUACUGCUAAAAGUAAUGCAAGUAAUACAAUUUCUUCAAGUGCUUCAUCUACUUCAGAUACUGUGAAUACUCCAAGUAAGACAAUCACUAUGCCCAUCACAGGCACUCCAUUCAAUUCAAAUGCUACAACUAUUACGAAUGUUCCAUCUCCAUGUACUAUGCCUGCUACAAGAAGUUCACCUAUUUCAGUUACUACGACCACUGUAAAAAAUUUAUCCAGUUUAAUCAAAUCAUCUUCUUCUGUUUCUACAAUUAAAAAUAGUACGGGUAUAUUAGAUUUUACAGAUUCUACAUCUAUCAUAAAUAAUACAACUGUAAGUUAUUCAUUCACUUCAACCACAUUAGUUUCUAGAACUAAUAAAAGUACUUCAUCAUUUCAAAAUGCUAUAGCUUUUGUUAAUAAUUCAUCGGCUACACCCCUUUUAUCAGCAGCUACUUUAACUAAUACUUCAUCUUUUACUAUAAUGAAGAAUUCUUUACCUAGACCUAAAAAUUAUAGCAAAACACCAUUAAAUCCCCCAAUGAACAUCAAUAGUAGUGCAUCAACUAAAUCUUUUUUUGUGCAAUCUGAAAUUACAAAUCAAAAUAUAUCUCAAUACCAUAUAAGUGGUACAAUGAAUACAAAUGGUCCAAUUACAUCUAUUCCAAAUGCUCCUACGAUAAUACCUUCACGUAAUAUAGUUCAUGAUAAAAAUCCCGGAAAUAUAUUAAUAUUAUUUGGCACUUCAUUUGGUACAAUAAUUCUUGGGAUAUUUAUUUUUCUCCUUCUCUGUAAAUGUACUUCUUUUGGAUCCUGGAUUGGUAAACGUAAAUCAAAGAAAAAAAAAAAAACGAGAAAAAUAGGGUUUCAUAAUACAUCAACUUCUAUAUAUCCUAAACGAAAAUUAUUUGGCAAAAUGAAAAAUUUAGUGUCAUUUCAUGAGAUACAACUCCCAUCAUGUGAAAUCACUUUUGAAAAUGAAAAGAAUAUUGAAAAAAUAAAAAAAUAUAAAGAAAUAGAAUUGGAAGGAGUAACAAAUGAGUUUGUACUACAAACCGAGGAAACAAAUAGAGGAAGAAAAAAUGAAGAAUCUAGAUAUGAUAAGGAAUACAAAAAAGUAGAUUGGAAAAUAGAAAGGUUGAUGCAUUGGGAUGAGAAUAGCCAUGUAGGUGAAGUAUCAAUAAAUAGAGAAUUGUAUAAAAAGAAGAUAUUUAUAGAAAUAUAUAUGGCAAUAUUGGAUAAAUGCCAAAAAGAGGAGUGGGAAUUGCAUAGAGAAGAUUUUUUACAAAUUUCUUGGCAGGAAUGGAAAAAUAAUAGUAGAUUAUAUGAAGAUAUAUUGGAAGACGAAAACAUAGUUGAAACAGAAAAUGAAGGAAGUAGUAGUAUUUCACUAGAGAGACCAAAAUUUCUUUGGAACAAAUACAUGGAAAGAAGUAAGGAAAUGACAAAAAAGUGGAAAGAAGAGAAGUGGUUUAAAAAUUUGAAGAAGGAAUGGGAAGAAGAACAAGAAUAUUAUGGGGAAAAAACAAAAAGAUCAACUGAUGGAAAUGAAAAGAGAAAAAAACACUAUGGUAGAAAAGCAAAAAAUAAUAUGGAAACAGUGGUUAAUGAAGCAAAGGAAAUGGUUAUGAAAUGUAAUAAAGAGAAAUGGUUUAAUGAACUGUUAGAAGAAUAUGAAAAGGAAGAAGGAGAAUAUAGGAAAGAAUUAACUAAAAAUAAUAUAGAAAAUGUAGAGGAAAUUCAUAGAAAUAUAAAAGAGUUAGAGGAAGGAGAAAAUUGUGAAAUAAUGAACAACAAAAAGAAAAAAUUGAUAAAGAAAUUGUGGAUAGAAAUAUAUAUGACGAUAUUAGAAGAAUGUAAGAAAGAAGAAUAGAAAAAGAACCAAAAUGAAUUUUUGAAAACAAGCAUGGAUGUAUUGAAAAUAGAAAGGAAUUUAGAUGUUAAAGCAAAAAUAUUAGAAAAUAUAGAUGAUAAUAAUGGUAAUAUUAUACUAGAGAAAAAAGAUGAUAUAGAAAAAUUGAAGACAGAAGAAUGGUUUAAAGAAUUAAAGCUAAAAUGGAAAAAUAAUGAAGAAAAGUAUAUGAAGGAAAUAAAUGAGAAAACAUCGACAGAAGAAAAUGGAGAAAUAACUAGAAAUCCGAUGUUAAAGAGGCAAAAAAUUAUAUGGAAAAAACAUUGGGAAGAUAUUCAAAAGAAAUGGAUAGAAAAUGGCAUUAAAGAAGAAUGGCUUACAAAGUCAGAUAAAAAAUAUGAGAAUAAAGAGAAAGAAUAUAAAGCGGAAAUAUAUGAAAGUAGUAUAGAAAAUAAAAAGGCAGAUGAACAAACUGAAGAAGGAUGUGAAACAAUGGAAGAUAUUCCUGAAGAGAUAAAAGGAGAUAUUAUUAGAAAAAGGGAAAAUGAAAUGAAAAAGUAUAAAGUGAGUAAAGUGGAAAACAUAGAUAAAAAGUUCAAUAAUAUAACAAUGAAAAAAAAGCUAAAAUAGAAGACUAUAUUAGAAAUACAAAUGAUGGUAUUGGAGGAUUGUAAAAAAGAGGAAUGGGAAUUAAGUAAAGAAGAUUUUUUUCAAAUUUGCCUAGAAGAAUGGAUAAAAAAAAUGGCAUCAUGUAAGAAUAUAUUUAAUAAAGAAAAUUCAUUGAGUAAAGAAGAAACCAGUCAAAUUAUGUUGGAAGGACAAAACUUACUGUGGAGAGAAUGGUCAGAAAGGAACGCAAAGAUGUUAGAAAAAUGGAGAAAAGAAGAAUGGUUUAAUAAAUUGAAGAGGGAAUAGAAAAAUUAUGAAGAAAUAUAUUCAGAAAAGAUAGAAGAAAAAAAGAUAGAAGUUUUAGAAGACAGAGUAGAAAAUCCUAUGUUAAAGAGACAAAAAAGAAUAUGGAAAGAGUGGUUAAAGCGUCAUCUAGGGGUUACAGAACAAUUUAUUAAAGAAAAAUGGUUUGUGGAAUUGUUGAAUGAUUAUCAGAAAGAAGAGAAUAAGGAAUUACAAGUAAAAGAAAUAAAAAAUUUAUCAGAGAAAAUUGAAAAAGAUGAAAGAACAGCAGAUGAUGUAAUAGAACAAUUAGAUGAAACAAAGAGGAAAAAGUUGUUAUGUAGAUUAUGGAUAGAGAUACAUAUGUCGAUAUUAGAAGAUUGUAAGAAAGAAGAAUUAGAAUUUAUGAGGAAUGAGUAUCUUAAGUUAUAUAUAGAAGAAAAAAAAAAAAGAGGAAAUGUUGAAAAGAAAAUAGAGAAAAAAGAAAGAGAUGAUGCAGCCAAAAAAAAUAAAUGGAAUAUUCUGAUAGAAAUGGAAAAAAAAGAGAAAAAUGAAAAGGUUGACUUAGAUAAAAAAACUAAAUGGAAUAUUCUAAUAGAGAUGAAAAAAAGAGAAUGGGAUAUUUGGAAAAAAGAAGAAUGGUUUCUAGAGUGGAAGGAAAACUGGAAAAAGGAGAAAAUGAGGCAUAUGAACGAAAUUAGAGGAUUAGAAAUAAAAAAAAGCAUGAAAGGGGAAAUUGGAAUCCUAGAAUUAGAACAAAAUAUUCUAUGGAAUAGGCAAUGGAUAGAAAAGCAAAGAAAUAUUCUGAAAAAAAAGAAAAAACAAAACAGUCCUAAAGGGUUUAUGUCACGGAGGCAUAAAAAGAAAGAAGAGGUAGAAGAUAUUUCAAGUGAUUUAGAUAUUACAAUAUUAUAA